GGUUAUUUCGUUCACAUCGGGUCAUCCAAAUUAUAUAAAGAGAAGGUUUUAACUUACUCUGCGUGUGUAGAUAAGAAGAGAGGCCAUUUACAAACGUUUUGCUAGAUAUGACAAUUUCCCCAGCAUUCGUAUUCUUUUUGGUGUUUGCUGUUUACCAAGCAUCGGGUGAGGUAAAUACUACAGUAGCCACAUGUGGUGACGUUCAUCCCGACUGUCAGUCUUAUGGUAAAGUCGUGUGCGAUAGUAUUAGGUAUCAACCUUGGGCCAGGAUAAAUUGCGCCAAGUUCUGUAGUUUCUGUGGUGACAACGGGUGUGAGGAUAAACUGCAUAACUGUGAGAUCUAUGGUACCGCCGCAUGUCAAUCCCCGUUCGUUCCCUGGGCUACCAAGAAUUGUGCCAGGUAUUGCGGUAUAUGUGGAACAAUAAAGGUACCAACCCAUCCUCCACUAGCUCCCUCAAUGGCUGGUUGCCAUGACGAGAUAACGGACUGUAGUUCCUAUGGCCAGGAUGCCUGCAAGCAAUACGAAACCUGGGCCCGACAAAAUUGUGCCUCAUUUUGUGGAUUUUGCACGACAGCAAAACCUACCAUACCAGCGUAUUUUUACACUGGGACCUUUCCACCAGGCUCCAACGGAACAUUAAACAGAUGUUUUUAUAAAGGACAGUUUUAUCAAACAAACGACUCUUGGCAAGACGGUUGUGAGUUUAACUGUACCUGUACGGACGAUACCAGAGGAAGAUACAUCUGUUCAUCUUUAUGCUACACGUGGACACUACCUAGUGUCUGCCAUUUAGAAACUCCACUCGGGAAGUGCUGUGCCAAACCAGUUUGUUCUGCGAAUUUCCAAAUACAUUAUCCGCCUGGCUACGUAGAUCACGACGUCUGAGAC